AUGUGGUUUUUCAGAGCUCCUGCGGCUGUCCUCGGCCUGGUCGCCAUUGCUUACCUCCCCUCAGCAUGUGCAAAGCCAUAUCCCAUGCACAUGGAAGAGCUGCGAGACCUGCACAACGCAUCACAGAUAGAGAAGCGCGACUGCCCCAGUAGCAGCACGCCCUGUGGGUAUUAUGGUCAGAUCUGCUGCGCUUCCGGCGAAUCAUGCGUCACCGACGCGAACAACCAAGCACAGUGCUCUUCCGGGGGAGCAGCGACGACGGGCUGGUCCUACUACACGUCCACAUGGGUCGAGACAGUCGGACUCGCCACCAAGACAUCCGUGUACAGCUCCUACGUCGGCGCAACAGCGGCCACGUGCUCGAGCUCCCAGUCACCUUGCGGUUCAAAGUGUUGUGACAGCGGCUACUACUGCCUCACCUCCUCUGGAUCGUGUGCGCUGAUCGCCGGCGGUUCGUCGGGAGGCAUUGUUCCUACUGUGAGUGCGGGCGCCCCAGUGCGUCCCACGAGCUUGUCUGUCGUUGUUGUCACAUACACGGGCACCCCGACCGUGACCGUUCCUUUCCAGACCCCGAUUUCCACCGGCGCAACUGGCGCGCUUGUUCCAGUGUCAGAGAGCAGCGGUGGUCUCAGCGGCGGUGCCAUUGCCGGAAUCGUCAUCGGUACACUUCUUGGUCUGUUGCUUCUCUCGCUUCUCUGCCUAUUCUGCUGCGCUAGGGCUCUAUUUGAUACCCUGCUCGGCAUCCUCGGCAUCGGCAAGAACAAGCGCAAGCACACUCACGAAGAGACUUACAUCGAGGAGCACCACACCAGUGGCGGCGGCGCUGCUUCUUCAGGCGGUCGUUGGUAUGGCCAGGGCCCUGCUCGUCCUGUGAGGGAGAAGCAGAGCGGUGGACUUGGAAAGGGCAUGGGUAUCGCUGCUGGCCUUGGUGCCUUGGCCCUCACACUGGGAUUGAAGCGCAAGAACGACAGGAAGCACGACGACAAGAGCACAACGGUUUCCGGGUCGUCAUACUACUACAGCGACUACACAAGUUCAACGCAAGCUCUUCCGAUCGACACACACGCCAGACUCGACAAUCGUCAAGACGUUAAACUCCAAUUCAACCUACUCAAAGAAGCAGAAGCCACAUCUUGGUUGCAUAUCUCAACCACCCUACGUCUCCAGCAGUGUACAGUCCAUCAGCGACCGCCACAGUUCACUGCUCACAAGCUUCCCACAGCCGGCAAACUGUCGAAGAGAAGACAUACCGAAGAGGACCUGGGUCCUAAGAAGAAAGUUAUGGCAGACAAGAUGCAGGUCGACGACCCUCCUGCUGCCGUCGAGCAGCUCAAAGAGGCUUCUGGCAACAAUGGCGAGAUCGACGAGUCGCUCUAUAGCCGACAGCUGUACGUGCUGGGCCACGAGGCCAUGAAGCGCAUGGGCUCGUCCAACGUCCUGGUCGCUGGUCUGCGAGGUCUUGGUGUCGAGAUCGCAAAGAACAUUGCCCUCGCCGGUGUCAAGUCGUUGACGCUGUACGACCCCAAGCCCGCCGCCCUCGCCGAUCUGUCGUCGCAGUUCUUCCUCCACCCCGAAGACGUCGGGAAGCCGCGCGCCGCCGUCACCGUCCCGCGAGUCUCGGAGCUCAACCCAUACACACCCGUCCAGCAGUUCGCCGGCAGCGAUCUGACGUCAGACCUGUCUCAACUCAAGCAGUUCCAGGUCAUCGUCCUGACAGAUACCACACUGCAGGACCAGAUCAAGAUCGCAGACUACUGCCACGACAACGGCAUCUACGUCGUUAUCACGGACACAUUUGGCUUGUUCGGUACCAUCUUCACCGACUUUGGCAAGAACUUCACAAUAGGCGACCCGACUGGCGAGAACGUCACAAACGGCAUCGUGGCUGGGAUCAACUCCGAGGGUCUGGUCUCUGCGCUGGACGAGACAAGACACGGUCUCGAGGACGGCGACUGGGUCACGUUCUCGGAAGUCAAGGGGAUGGAGGAUCUGAACGGCUGCGCACCCCGCAAGAUCGAGGUCAAGGGGCCAUACACCUUCUCGAUUGGUGACGUUUCCGGGCUAGGCGAGUACCAGGGAGGUGGCCAGUACAUUCAGGUCAAGAUGCCCAAGAUCGUCCAUUUCGAGCCAUUCAGCAAGCAGUUGAAGAAGCCCGAGCUCUUGAUCUCCGACUUCGCCAAGUUCGACCGACCGCAACAGCUCCACGUCGGCGUUCAGGCUCUUCACCACUUCGCCGACAAGCACAACGGGGAGCUCCCACGUCCACACCACGAAGCUGAUGCGGCAGAGGUUCUGCAGAUUGCUCAAGAGCUGGCCGGCCAAGGAGAGGAGAAGGUUGAGCUGGAUGACAAGCUUAUCAAGGAGCUCAGUUACCAAGCACGCGGCGAUCUUAGCCCGGUGGCUGCCUUCUUCGGUGGUAUGGCCGCACAGGAGGUCCUCAAAUCUGUGUCUGGAAAGUUCCACCCCAUCCUCCAGUUCCUCUACUUCGAUUCACUCGAGUCGUUACCAACAUCGACAACUCGUUCAGAAGAGCAGUGCGCCCCGGUUGGCUCGCGUUACGAUGGACAGAUCGCCGUCCUGGGCCAGGAAUACCAGAAGAAGCUUGGAAACAUCAAGGAGUUCUUGGUCGGUGCUGGAGCCAUUGGUUGCGAGAUGUUGAAGAACUGGGCCAUGAUGGGCUUGGGUGUGGGUCCCGAGGGCAGGAUUACAGUGACCGAUAACGACCAAAUCGAGAAGAGCAAUCUGAACCGACAGUUUUUGUUCAGGCCCACAGACGUUGGCAAACUCAAGAGCGACGCUGCAGCGAAGGCUGUGGAAGCCAUGAACCCUGAUCUGAGCGGGAAGAUUGUUACACUGCAGGACAAGGUUGGCCCUGAGACCGAGCACAUCUUCAACGAGACGUUCUGGAAUGAGCUUGAUGCGGUCACCAACGCUCUGGAUAACGUGGAGGCGCGUACAUACGUUGACCGACGAUGUGUGUUUUUCCGCAAAUCCUUGCUCGACAGCGGUACUCUCGGCACCAAGGGCAACACCCAAGUUGUUCUGCCAUUCAUCACAGAAUCCUACUCCUCUUCGCAAGACCCACCGGAGAAGUCAUUCCCCAUGUGCACACUGAGGAGUUUCCCCAACCGAAUCGAGCACACUAUUGCCUGGGCGCGAGAGUCGUUCGAUUCGUUGUUCGUCAAGGGACCAGAAAUCGUAAACCUGUACCUCACACAGCCGGACUACCUCGGUGCGUCGUUGAAGCAGUCCGGUAACGAGAAGCAAACCCUGGAAACCCUGCGAGACUUCUUGGUGACCGAAAAGCCACGAACCUUCGAUGACUGCAUCAUCUGGGCACGACAGCAAUUCGAGAAGAGUUACAACCAUGCGAUUGCGCAAUUACUCUACAACUUCCCUAAAGAUUCCACAACUGGCUCUGGCCAGAAGUUUUGGUCAGGGCCGAAGCGUGCGCCAGACCCGUUGAAGUUCGACCCCUCAAACCCCACCCACUACACCUUUGUUGAGGCCGCCGCGACUCUGCACGCGUUCAACUACGGUAUCAACCCGAACGCCACCAGAGACCACUAUGUCGAGGUGCUGAAUGACAUGAUCGUUCCAGACUUCCAGCCUGACCCUACAGUGAAGAUUCAGGCAAGCGAUGCAGAGCCCGAUCCGAACGCCAACCAAGCAGCCAACGACGAGAACGAUUCUUUGGACAACAUCAUGAACCAGCUUCCAGCACCAAAGACGUUGGCUGGCGUCAGGCUCACACCUGUGGAGUUCGAGAAGGAUGACGACACAAACCACCACAUUGACUUCAUCACAGCAGCCAGCAAUCUGCGUGCCGAGAACUACAAGAUCGAGCAGUCCGAUCGACACAAGACCAAGUUCAUUGCUGGCAAGAUCAUACCGGCCAUUGCCACAACAACGGCGUUGGUUACCGGUUUGGUCAAUCUUGAGCUAUACAAGAUCGUCGACGGCAAGACCGAUAUCGAGCAGUACAAGAACGGCUUCAUCAACUUGGCGCUGCCCUUCUUCGGCUUUAGCGAGCCGAUUGCCAGCCCCAAGGGCACGUACACGGGACACAACGACGAGGUUGUCACGAUUGACAAGCUGUGGGAUCGAUUUGAGGUGGAGGACAUUACACUGAAGGAGUUUGUCGACCACUUUGAGAAGAAGGGUCUCUCGAUCCAGAUGAUCAGCUCUGGUGUCAGCCUGCUAUACGCCUCCUUCUACCCUCCGGCCAAGCUGAGGGACAGGAUGGGCCUCACGAUGAGCAAACUCGUCGAGCAUGUCAGCAAGAAGGCCGUUCCUGACCACCAGAAGAACGUCAUCUUCGAGAUCACGGCCGAGGACCAGAAGGAGGAGGAUGUUGAAAUUCCAUACGUGAUGGUGACGCUGAAGUAG